AUGUCGUUUGAGCUAACCGAAGCUAACACUACUUCUGCUAUGUCUUUCAAGAUAACAGAACCUGAACCAACAGAAUCUGUUUUACAACCAUCUGAAACUGCAAGAGAACAUCACAAUCGAUUAGCCCGGGAAAGAAUGGAAGCCGAAUCAAUAGAGCAUGCUGAAGAACGAAAAGCCAAACGAAGGAAGACAAACAGUUGUGCUAAUCGUCAAGCCUUUACAGAAAAUUAUAAUA